CCUCCGGCUUGCGUCUCGUGGUAGGUGGAGGCAGCGCCGCGGCCUGUGACCUGCAGCUGCUGGCGGCCGCGCUGGAGGCUCUGUGCCGCGGCUGUCUUCGGUCUCCGGGAGUGGAGUGGAGGAUGCAGGAGUCACUCGAGGAGGCCGGACGGGCUUAAGAGAGGCGGCGAGCGGCGCCAGAGGCACUCUGGCUGGGCUCUAGAGCACGGGAGGCUCGGGCGCGCGUGGGGCUGUGGUGGCCACGGAGGCCGCCUUGGCCGGGACAGCCGGCUCCAGGCCCGAGCGGUGGUAGGAUUGUGCCCGGGCCUGGUACUCGGGCUUCCCAAAGCGAGGGUGGGGCUGCGUUGGCGCCUCCUUUCUUGGAAAAUCGUGGGCCCCUGUGGUACUGCGGCCGUCUCUCUGCGGGGAUUGGAAACGGAGCGCGAUGAGGAGCCGGAGUAACUCGGGGGUCCGGCUUGACGGCUAUGCUAGGCUGGUGCAUCAGACCAUACUGUGCCAUCAGAAUCCAGUGACUGGCUUGCUUCCAGCCAGCUAUGAUCAGAAAGAUGCCUGGGUCCGGGAUAAUGUGUACAGCAUCUUGGCUGUGUGGGGUUUGGGACUGGCCUAUCGGAAGAAUGCAGACCGGGAUGAGGAUAAGGCAAAGGCCUAUGAACUGGAGCAGAGUGUAGUGAAGCUGAUGAGGGGACUGCUGCACUGCAUGAUCAGACAGGUGGAUAAAGUAGAAUCCUUCAAGUAUAGUCAGAGUACCAAGGAUAGCCUCCAUGCCAAGUACAACACCAAAACCUGUGCCACUGUAGUCGGUGAUGAUCAGUGGGGACACCUGCAGCUGGAUGCUACCUCUCUGUACCUGCUCUUCCUAGCACAAAUGACUGCCUCAGGACUUCAUAUCAUCCACAGCCUAGAUGAAGUUAACUUCAUACAGAACCUUGUGUUUUAUAUCGAAGCUGCAUAUAAAACUGCUGACUUCGGGAUAUGGGAACGUGGAGAUAAGACCAAUCAAGGAAUCUCAGAAUUGAAUGCCAGUUCAGUUGGAAUGGCAAAGGCAGCCCUGGAGGCAUUAGAUGAACUGGACCUGUUUGGUGUGAAAGGUGGUCCCCAGUCAGUUAUCCAUGUCCUAGCUGAUGAAGUGCAACACUGCCAGUCUAUCCUUAAUUCGAUACUCCCCCGGGCUUCAACAUCCAAAGAGGUUGAUGCUAGUCUACUUUCAGUUAUUUCCUUCCCAGCCUUUGCAGUAGAGGAUAAUCAGUUGGUGGAACUCACAAAACAGGAAAUCAUCACUAAGCUUCAGGGUCGUUAUGGUUGCUGUCGCUUUCUACGAGAUGGAUAUAAAACUCCUAAAGAGGAUCCCAAUCGUCUGUACUAUGAACCAGCUGAGCUGAAGUUAUUUGAAAACAUUGAGUGUGAAUGGCCAUUGUUCUGGACAUACUUUAUCCUUGAUGGGGUAUUUAGUGGGAAUGCAGAACAGGUUCAAGAAUACAGAGAGGCUCUUGAAGCAGUCCUCAUCAAAGGUAAAAAUGGAGUCCCACUUCUGCCGGAGCUGUACAGUGUUCCUCCUGACAAGGUUGAUGAAGAAUAUCAAAAUCCUCACACUGUGGACCGAGUCCCCAUGGGCAAGCUGCCUCAUAUGUGGGGUCAGUCUCUAUACAUCUUAGGAAGCUUGAUGGCAGAGGGAUUUUUAGCUCCUGGAGAAAUUGACCCUGUGAAUCGCAGGUUUUCUACUGUACCAAAGCCAGAUGUUGUGGUUCAAGUUUCCAUUCUAGCUGAGACAGAAGAAAUCAAGGCCAUUUUGAAGGACAAGGGAAUUGAUGUGGAGACCAUUGCUGAGGUGCACCCCAUCAGAGUACAACCAGCUUGUAUUCUCAGCCACAUUUAUUCCAGCCUAGGAUGCAACAGCAGAAUGAAACUCAGUGGAAGACCCUACAGACACAUGGGAGUCCUUGGAACUUCAAAACUCUAUGACAUUCGGAAAACUAUCUUUACCUUCACUCCACAGUUUAUAGACCAGCAACAGUUCUACCUGGCUCUGGACAACAACAUCAUAGUGGAAAUGCUUAGAACAGAUCUCUCCUAUCUCUGUAGCCGCUGGAGAAUGACAGGCCAGCCCACCAUCACCUUCCCCAUCUCACACAGCAUGCUUGAUGAAGAUGGAACCAGCUUGAAUUCAAGUAUCCUGGCAGCACUCCGAAAAAUGCAGGAUGGCUAUUUUGGUGGGGCAAGGAUUCAAACAGGUAAACUGUCAGAGUUUUUGACAACAUCUUGCUGCACACAUUUGAGCUUUAUGGAACCUGGACCCGAGGGUAAAUUGUAUGGUGAAGAUUAUGAUGACUAUGAUAAUGAGCUGGAAUCUGGUGACUGGAUGAAUGGCUAUGGUUCAACCAGUAAUGCUCGCUGUGGUGAUGAAGUUGCUCGUUAUUUAGAUCACCUUUUGGUGCACACUGCUCCCCAUCCUAAAGUAGCCCUUACCUCACAGAAGAGAGGGCUAAAUCGGUUCCGAGCUGCUGUGCAGGCAACCUGCGACUUAAUGUCCUUGAUGACCAAGGCCAAGGAGCUGCAUGUACAGAAUGUACACAUGUAUCUUCCUACAAAGAUAUUUCAGGCUUCCCGGCCUUCACUCAACUUACUUGACUUACUUCAUGCACCACAAGAGGACCAGGUUCCCUCUGUUCGUGUAGAAAUAAAUCUUCCUAGAGACCCGUCUGGGGAAGUGGACUUCAAAGCACUGGUUUUACAGUUGAAGGAGACCUCCAGCUUACAGGAGCAAGCUGAUAUCCUCUACAUGCUAUAUACUAUGAAAGGACCUGACUGGGACACUGGAUUGUAUGAUGAAGGGAGUGCAACAGUCAGAGAGCUGCUUACUGAGCUCUAUAGCAAAGUUGGAGAAAUUCGUCACUGGGGCCUGAUCCGAUACAUCUCUGGAAUCUUAAGGAAGAAGGUGGAAACACUCGAUGAGGUCUGCACAGACCUUCUCUCCCACCAGAAACAUUUGACAGUGGGACUCCCUCCAGAACCUCGAGAGAAGACCAUCUCUGCACCUCUGCCCUAUGAAGAACUCACUCAGCUGAUAGAUGAAGCCAGUGAAGGGGACAUGAGCAUUUCAGUUCUUACACAGGAAAUAAUGGUAUAUCUAGCCAUGUAUAUGCGAACUCAGCCUGGCCUCUUUGCUGAAAUGUUUCGACUUCGAAUUGGUCUGAUCAUACAAGUUAUGGCAACAGAACUGGCCCACUCGCUUCGAUGCUCAGCUGAGGAAGCCACAGAUGGCCUGAUGAAUCUCAGUCCUUCAGCCAUGAAGAACCUCCUGCAUCACAUUCUCAGUGGCAAGGAGUUUGGCGUGGAACGAAGCGUUCGUCCCACUGAUUCACGUAUCAGCCCUGCUAUUUCUAUCCGUGAGAUUGGUGCUGUUGGAGCAACCAAACCAGAACGAACUGGGAUUAUGCAGUUAAAAAGUGAGAUAAAGCAGGUGGACUUUCGUAGACUGUCUAUCUCAACUGAGAGUCAGCUGAAACAAUCACCUGGAACCUCUAUGAGUCCAAGUAUUGGGUCCUUCCCUAGUGCAUGUGGUCAACAGACAUCUAAAGAUAGUCGUCAAGGUCAAUGGCAACGCCGAAGAAGGCUGGAUGGAGCACUAAACAGAGUCCCAAUUGGAUUUUAUCAAAAAGUAUGGAAAGUUUUGCAGAAGUGUCAUGGACUUUCUGUGGAAGGUUUUGUUCUUCCUUCUUCAACCACUAGAGAGAUGACUCCAGGCGAGAUUAAAUUCUCUCUUCACGUGGAGUCUGUCCUGAAUCAUGUACCUCAGCCGGAGUACCGCCAGCUUCUGGUUGAAGCCAUCCUUGUCCUCACCAUGAUGUCAGACAUUGAAAUUCAUAGUAUCAGAAGCAUCAUUGCUGUGGAAAAAAUAGUGCAUAUUGCCAAUGACUUGUUUCUUCAAGAACAGAAAACCCUCGGCGCAGAUGAUAUCAUGUUGGCAAAGGAUCCUGCAUCUGGCAUCUGUACUCUUCUGUAUGACAGUGCACCCAGUGGCAGGUUUGGCACCAUGACCUACCUCUCCAAGGCAGCUGCCACCUACGUGCAGGAGUUCCUGCCUCACAGCAUCUGUGCCAUGCAGUGAGGCCUCUAGGCCCUGGCUGCUGGGAGCCUUUUGACAGCUGGCUCCCGCCUCAUUGUGCAUGGAACUGAAAUGUGAUGGCCUGAUCACUCCCGACCGUGCCCCUUUCCAACCCAUCCCUCCCAAGAAGAGCGAACUUUUCUGAUAAACUAACUGGUGUAGAAGACGUGAACCCUUGCCUGGAGGCAUCUGCUCACCCAGGCUUUUCAGUGCCUUAAUUCUUUCAUGGUUCAUAAAAGUUUGCAUGUGUUUUUAUUCUCUAGAUCUGUUACAAACUUAGUUUUCUAACUCCUGUUUGGGGAACCGGUAUUAAUAACAACUUAUUCCUAAA